GAAUUGGGACCCAUAGAACUAAGGGCUUGGACAACUAACAGUAAAAUUCUAGGACUGCCUUUUACUCAGCCCCAGAAACCGAUGAUAACUCAUCUUCUAGCUUCGUUGAAUAGCAUCUCCAAAACUCAGCCCCAUUUUUUUUUUCAAUUUCUAGUGCUCUCCCUACCUUCACCCUUAUUCCCAAAACUCUUGGUUCUCUUCCCCUAAUCCCUCUAAAAUUUCUCUUCUAAAAUUUCUGGUCGUCGUGGUUAAACCUCUACUUCCCUUCACCCCAGCCUCUCUGGCCUCAGAAUGGAAGAGUAAGGUCCUAAGAGGGGAGCUACAAUUACCGAAAGGCUGUGGAAAAUAGCGAGAGAGACAGGCCGGCCUAAGCUAGGAAGGGAAAACCGAGAGAACAGAGGCCGGGCUGGCAGCCUUGUCCUGCUCAAAAGGGUGGGCGGGCAGGGGGUGGAGCCCGGAGGGGUGCCGCCUCUCCUCUUUCCCGGAGCCUGGGCGGAGAGGCAGGAAAACUUCUUCCUGGCCUGGGCUCCGUGCCGCUCUGUUUGCCAACCGUCCAGUCCCGCCUACCAGUGCCGGGCGCUCCCCUCCCCUCCCCCGGCUCCCCCGGUGUCCGCCAUGGCCAAAGCCUACGACCACCUCUUCAAGUUGCUGCUGAUCGGGGACUCGGGGGUGGGCAAGACUUGUCUGAUCAUUCGCUUUGCAGAGGACAACUUCAACAACACUUACAUCUCCACCAUCGGAAUUGAUUUCAAGAUCCGCACUGUGGAUAUAGAGGGGAAGAAGAUCAAACUACAAGUCUGGGACACAGCUGGCCAAGAGCGGUUCAAGACAAUAACUACUGCCUACUACCGUGGAGCCAUGGGCAUUAUCCUAGUAUACGACAUCACGGAUGAGAAAUCUUUCGAGAAUAUUCAGAACUGGAUGAAAAGCAUCAAGGAGAAUGCCUCGGCUGGGGUGGAGCGCCUCUUGCUGGGGAACAAAUGUGACAUGGAGGCCAAGAGGAAGGUGCAGAAGGAGCAGGCCGAUAAGUUGGCUCGAGAGCACGGAAUCCGAUUUUUCGAAACUAGUGCUAAAUCCAGUAUGAAUGUGGAUGAGGCUUUUAGUUCCCUGGCCCGGGACAUCUUGCUCAAGUCAGGAGGCCGGAGAUCAGGAAACGGCAACAAGCCUCCCAGUACUGACCUGAAAACUUGUGACAAGAAGAACACCAACAAAUGCUCCCUGGGCUGAGGACCCUUUCUUGCCUCCCCACCCCGGAAGCUGAACCUGAGGGAGACAAUGGCAGAGGGAGUGAGCAGGGGAGAAAUAGCAGAGGGGCUUGGAGGGACACAUAGGUAGAUGGUAAAGAGAAUGAGGAGAAAAAGGAGAAAAGGGAAAAGCAGAAAGGAAAAGAAGGAAGAGAGAGGAAGGGAGAAGGGAGAGGAAUGAAUUGAGGAAGUGAAAGAAGGCAAGGAGGUAGGAAGAGAGGGAGGAGGAAAGGAAGGAGAGAUGCCUCAGGCUUCAGACCUUACCUGGGUUUUCAGGGCAAACAUAAAUGUAAAUACACUGAUUUAUUCUGUUACUAGAUCAGGUUUUAGGGUCCUGCAAAGGGCUAGCUCGGCACUACACUAGGGAAUUUGCUCCUGUUCUGUCACUUGUCAUGGUCUUUCUUGGUAUUAAAGGCCACCAUUUGCACAAA